UCAACAUGCAGUUUUGCAAUUUCGACAAGUAUCAGUUACCGACGAAAAUACGGGGGAGAAGAAAUCUGAGGUCAAACCAUACAUAAUUGAUCUCGAAUCAACUAACCAUACGUUUGUAAAUAAAGCAGAAAUUCCAACCUCAAGAUAUGUGGAAUUACGUCCAUCCGAUGUAAUUAAAUUUGGUUUUAGUACUCGUGACUACGUUUUGAUUCACGAAGAUGAGGCAGAAUUAUCGGCAGAAUUAUC